UAUAAACACUACAAUUAUAUAAACAAUCUAUAUUUCAAAAAAUGCAUUUAAAUCAUGAAUUUUUAAAAAGCUUGAUAAUGACAUUUUUUGUAAUUUGUCAGUGCCACCACCUAUGAUAGACCAGGAGUUAGUGAGCUAUAUAGAGAAACACACAAGAGCACAGCGACUUAGUGACCUCUGGAAAAAGCUUCAUCUCGGACGGAUUACUAGUUCCAUAUUUGGUGAUGUUCUUCAAUCAGGAGACAAACCCACAUCCCUUAUCCAACAGAUUUUAUAUGGAUCGAAUCUAGACAAGUACUCUAAGCUACCUCAGGCAGUCCAGUGGGGAGUUGACCAUGAGAUGGAUGCUAAGGAAGACUACCUACAGAUCAGAAGAGCUAUUCAAGUGGAAACUGAUGUACAAGAGUCUGGUCUUACUUUAUGUUCAACCCAUUCUUUUCUAGGGGCUUCCAGUGAUGGAAGAGUGGUUGAUAAUGAAAGCACUGGGCUGCUAGAAAUUAAAUGCCCCUACUCCAUCUCAGGACAAAAUGUAACAUUGUUGGGAAUAUCAGAUAUUAUGUCAAUGAACUCAAAACUGUUUUGUCUCGAAGUUGGUGAAUUGGGUCCUACAUUGAAAAAAUCGCAUAAGUACUAUGCACAGGUUCAAGGUGAGAUGGCAAUCAUCGGACUCCCCUGGGUGGACUUUGUAGUAUGGACAGCGGCAAAGUCAGACAAUAUUUUCAUUGAGAGGAUUUACUUCAAUGAACAAUAUGUAACAAAUAUGCUACCAAAAUUGAUAGAAUUUUACAUGAGGCAUAUUUAUCCACUAUUGUGAAAAUUACAGAAAGUAUAUACAUAUGUAUUUCAAUUUGAAAUAACUAAAUGUAUGAUUGUAUGUAAUGUAAAUAUAUGAGAUUGAUAAAAUAUAUAUAACUUUUCAUC